AUGUUUCCUUUCAUACGACGAUACUGCUUCCACGUUCCUUUCAAACUCCAGAAGGUAACUGGUCCCAGACUACUAACGUCCGGAAAGAAUAAGACAUCCUGGUCCUCUCUAGGCCUCCAGCUGCAGAGAGGUAUGUGUCCUCUGUCAAGAUAUCCAAGCCACAACCCAGCAUCUGUAUAUGCAGUCAAGCUCCAGGCAUUUCACACCUCUCUCCCCUUCCUCAAGAAGAAAACCCCCAAAGAUUCUGAGACCAAAGACCCGGGCAUCUUGCAACGAAGUAUGACAUCACUAAAGGAUUCUCCCAAGCCAGCCCUUUACUUAAGCCUUGCAGGGCUAAUUCCAUUUGUUUCUGUGCCACUGACAAUGGCCAUCCAAGGGACCUACUACCCAGAGCUGGCAUCUGCUCAGGUUAUUUAUGGUGCUGUAACAGUUUCUUUCCUUGGAGGGAUGAGGUGGGGGUUUGCUCUCCCAGAAAACAGCCCAGCCAAGCCAGACUGGAUGAACCUGGCUAACAGUACAAUUCCUCCUCUGUUUGCCUGGCAAGCCAUGUUUUUUAAAGAUAUCACUAAUGGUGCAGUAAUGGUUGUAAUGGCUUUAGGGAUAGCACUACAUUAUGAUGUGUCCCUUCUUCCUACUUAUCCUAGGUGGUUUAAAGUACUGAGGGUAGUGGGAACAUUGGUGAUGACACUAUCACUAUUAGCUACUCUGUUAUUGAAGAUGAUUUUAGAGGAGCAGCUAAAGAACAGCAGAAAUAAAUUGCAGAUCACAAAAUAAUAAAUCAAUAGGAAAAAGCUAUUUAUCUGCCAGUGAGGUGUUUGUAUUGAGCUUCAGGGAAAAUAAAAAUUGUGUUUGUGUUUAGAAGUCAUAAGAUGGCAGUGAUCAAGAUGAUGCUUCUUGAAGCAAACACAAGGUGGUUUAGGAGGGAGGAAUUGUCAGUAGCACUGACUUCCAAGGCAGGCAUGAGUCUGUCUUUAUCUGUAGAACAAAGCAUCACUUUUGAUUAAUUGCUAAUUUAAAAAGAAGAUGAGAAUUUGUCUUACAAAUUUAAAAUGGUUAUUCUAAUGAUGUUGAUAUGAAGUGCUCUAUGCGGAAUAAUUAAAG